CUUUCUCUUUGUUGCUUUGCUUUGGUUUGCUUUCUCUAUCAGUUAAUUAUUGUGAGAUAGAUAGAUCUGUUUCUCUUUAUUCAUAUUUUGUGUGUGGAAAAUCCCAAGUCAACCGCACCUCAUCAUUUGGUCUUGGUUGUUCCUAGCACCACCUCAUUUCCCACUUUCUUUCCUCUCACUUUAAUUCUCUCAUCAUCACCUUCUUCUUUCUUCGGCCUAUAUAACUCCUGGUUAUCCCUAUCAUUCAGUCCACCAUGGGAAUGAGCAGCAUGAAGGUGCAUCAGUUCGCACGUGGACACUGGGACUCAUCCACCACCAAUCUUGAACCCUCCCUCAGCCUUGGAUGCAAGCGCUUACGCCCUCUUGCUCCCAAACUCUCCGACACUACUGCAACCACUACUCUCGCUCCUUUCGAUCUCAAGAGCUUCAUCAGACCCGAAAGUGGCCCUAGAAACAAGCUAGCAUCUCCUCAUGACCAUGAGAAGAAAGAUUCCUCCCCCUCCCAGGUAGAGAUGCACCCGGGAGGGACGCGUUGGAAUCCAACACAAGAGCAGAUAGGGAUAUUGGAAAUGCUGUAUAGAGGAGGAAUGCGGACUCCGAAUGCUCAGCAGAUAGAGCAAAUCACUGCUCAGCUUGGCAAGUACGGCAAGAUUGAAGGCAAGAAUGUGUUCUACUGGUUCCAAAAUCACAAAGCACGCGAAAGACAGAAGCAGAAACGCAGCACUCUUGGUCUCACGCACUCUCCAAGAACCCCGACUCCUGUAAUUACCACCACCGGGGAAGUACUGGAAAGAGAGGAAGACAGUCCAUACAAGAGAAAGUGCAGGAGCUGGGCAUUUGAUUGUUUGGGAGACGAUUCUAGUAUUAUAACUUGUAACAAAGACGUCGUUGAGGGAGAUAGAACUCUGGAGCUCUUCCCAUUACGCCCAGAAGGCAUGAGAUGAGCUACAGACGACCAGCUAGCUUUAGUUUGUUUUCCACUAGUACUAGUACUACUCUGAUCUCUUAGUCUGCUUUGACAUGUGCUUUUCUUCUUUCUUUUGUUUCGGGAAAGAAGAAAAAGACAUGUAAUUGUGUCUUUUAUGUACUGAUCGAUCCAUCUAUCUAUCUACUAGUGCCUUUUGAAAACCAAAGCAACGCUUUGUCAAUUGUCACUAGCUAGAAUAGACUACUCUUUAUUCCAACCAAGUUCUGAUCUCUCUA